AUGCCUCUACAAACCCGAAGACCCAAUUUACCUUCCCUCACCCUUCCCGGAACAAAAUCUUCUCUCUUGAUGGUGGAAGAUGUCCAUACACCCCAUACGCCCAAUCCAUUCACUCCAUUACCUUUCGAACAGGGUCCGAUGGUCAUGACCCCCGAUACACCCUCAUUCGAUAUGAAGCCUCUGGAGAUUGUGUUGAGUGAGAAGCAAGUGGAUCAGGAGGAGUGGACCGAAGAGGAAGAUGGUUUAUUACAGAGUUACCUUGCGCGUCCACCUAGAGCUUUACGAACAGCUUAUCCACCCGGUACACUACCACCUCCCAGUACUCUCGACGAGAUUACUACCCAUUUAAUGAAUAGCGAGACUCGUAAAUCACCUUCGAUAGAUAACAAUGGAUUCACGUUUGCCGCCUCUAGCGUCAACUCGUCUGCCAAUGAGGAUAUGACCCCAACGGGUAUCGUACCUCAAUCUGGUAUGAGAUGGAAACAUACAUGGCAUUCUACUCGACAGAGAUUAUUCAAUCUAGCUAGAAAGGAAAGUAUGGAGAGUAUCGGUGGUCAUAGGAGGCAAGAAUCAGAUUCGAUCAUACCUUUACCUUCCCAGGAGGAAAGAGGAGACGCAGUGAUGAAACCUCAACGACCGAGGUUGGCGGUACUUUGUGCGACCGGAUCUGGAGGUCAGAAGAUGAAUAGACAACAACAUAGUAUGGAUAAUUUGUAUGGGGACGAGAAACCGCAGACGUUCCAAGAGGCUUUGAGACUGUCGAGCAACUUGCAGGUCAACGCCCAAGGUGAAAAUGAGAUACUUCAUUCUGGUUCCGGUCUUUCCUCUCCUUUGACGUUCUCAUUCAACCUUCCAACGACUAUCCGAAAACCUUUCCCUUACUCUGCCCCCUCUUCAUUCCUCCCUCGACCUGCCUCACUUUUGCAGAGAGGCCGAUCGUUCACCUCCGAAGAUUUCGCUAGAGAACAUUCCAAAGCUGCUGGCAAUGGGGACGUCGAUGAUUUCGCGUUGGACGAUAUCGAUAGUGAAUCCAGACCUGAAUCAUAUUCGCCUACUCGUAUUGUUAGACCGGAAAUGCACAGAUCGGUAUCGAGCCCAGCAUCGACUCUACAUUCUUCUCCACCUUCAUCAAUAUCCAGUCAAUCUGAAGAAGUCGAGACUAAUGGAGCGGGAUUAUUGGAGGUAGAUAUGUUGGAGGAAAAUCCUAUUACACCUGUCAACCAAACUUUCUCUGGAUUACUUCAACCUGGACCACUGGGAUCACAAUGUUCUACUCCUACCGUAUCUUCCACUCCCAUGAAUCCCCCUCCAAUCGUCCAGCCUCCUACAAGAGGAGAAGCACCAUCUAUAACUCUAACUGUCGAUUCACCCGAACAUCCAACUUUCCCUCAUCGAUCUGCUUUACCCAGAGAUCGAUCGACAUCACCUUCAGAAGCAUUCUCAAAUUUGUCUUUGGGAUCGUUACCUCUCAAAUUACCUUUUACCGGAAGUUCACCCAUGAACACGCGAUCGGUGUCGUUGAAUCACAACAACGGGAUCUCAUUGCCGGGUGGAGGGUUGAAACGGAGUUUGAGACCAAUACCUCUUAAUCGAUCUUUAUCUGAUUCUGGACCCGGCAUCAGUUCAGGUAGACCCGGACCUGCUUUUGGAAGUAGUUUAUCGAUGACUUGUUUGGAUGCCAGUACUGAUAGAGACAGGGAGAAUAAGAGACAGAAAGCUAUUGCUGGGAUGAAAUUCGGCGGGAAUGGAUUGAGCGUGGUAGUGCCAAAGAGGAAUGGACAGCUAGAAGAAUUGAGGUCGCCUUUUGAAAUCAAGAAGGCCUUUUGA